AUGGCUGAGGCCAUCACUUACGCGGACCUGAGGUUUGUGAGGGCUCCCCUGAAGAAGAGUGUCUCCGGCUGCCUAGGACAGGACCCAGAAGCUGAUGAGGAUGGGGAACUCACCUAUGAGAAUGUACAAGUGCCCUCAGCCCCAGUGGGGCCCUCCAGCUGGGCUUCCUCUGGACUAGGGGACAAGGCAGGGGUCAAGUCCCAGCAGCCAGCCGCGGCCUGGAGCUCCACGACGUCACCCGCUGCCAGGCGGAUUCUCCCCGGCCGCGCAGCCUGCUUGCAAUACCUCCUGCUGGGUCUGCUCCUGGUCUGCCUGCUGCUGGGAGUGGCCGCCAUCUGUCUGGGAGUGCGCUAUCUGCAGGUGUUUCAGCAGCUCCAGCAGGUGAACAGGAUUCUGGAAGCCACCAAUGGCAGCCUGAGGCAGCAGCUCCAUCAGAAGAUAACCCAGCUGAGGCUGAAAGAAGAGGACCUGCAGGGCUCCCGGAGAGAGCUGGCAAAGAGUCAGGAGGCACUACAGACGGAACAGAGGGUUCACCAGGCUGCCGAAGGGCAGUUACAGGACUGCCAGUCAGACAGGGAGAAGACAAAGCAGACCUUGCAAAAUGAGGAGGGGCAGAGGCAGGUUUUGGAGCAGAGGCUGAACACCAUGGAGCAGAGGCUGAGCACCAUGGAGGAUAGACUGAAGUCCUUCUUCACAUGCACACAAGAACCAGAUACCUGCUGUCCAGUAGGAUGGAUACAGAUCCAAAAAAGCUGCUUUUACAUCUCACUUACUCCAAAAAAUUGGCAGGAGAGCCAAAAGCAUUGUGAAUCUCUGUCCUCCAAGCUGGCCACAUUCCGUGAAAUAUAUACUUAUUCAUUUCCUUACCGUGUGGACUUAAGUGCACUGUUGCCAGCUAAAGUUUCAGAGGAGCUACAAUUUUGGGUUGGCCUCAUCUUGGAUAAGGACCAACAGUGGACUAGUGGUAUGCAAUACGUUCAAUCCUAA